CAGUCAGACUUGAGGCAUCCGUCUCGGACGCUGCACGCGGACCUUCCUCUGAACUUGGGGCGGCGUUUUCGUUUCAGCGUGACUGAACUGGCUUCGCGAGGAUAUAUUACAUGUGUGAUGGGGGUAAAUAAAGAAGGUGGACAGAGUGCACAGGCUGCCAAACGCUCAGCAUAAAUGCCCGCGCGCCGCUGGAUGCCGGACCCUCGUCGCAGGUGGUCUGGUUUUAAGUUCUUCGUGAACGCGGAUGGCGAAGCAUCCGCUUUGGGGGUAAAACGUGGUCAAAUGUGUUUUAAUGGAUGAUCAGAGACGCGGCGUGGAGAGACGCAGGGACCCCCAGAUGGACUGUCAGACUGGGACAGAAGGACCGUAGCUGACAUCCCGAACCGGCGCCUUUCUCAGGAACAGCGGAACCCAUGAAGGACUUGGACCAGAGGGAACUUCAGCAGACCGCAGAACUUCAAAAUGAAGCUGAAAUCUUCUAGACUGGGUUACCUGUUGCUCCAAUUAAUGACGCUGCUCUUUUACACUCAGACCACCAUGCAGUCCGUCUCGGUGCCCAAUUUCAAGCACCAUGUAACGGAGCACAGUCGCCUGUCUGACAGGAUGAGCCGGAGGUUAACGCGGACUUACCAGCUGUACAGCCGGACGAGUGGAAAACACGUCCAGGUCCUGGGGAACAAGAGGGUGGUCGCUAAUGGCGAGGACGGGGACGCACACGCCAAGCUGGUUGUGGAGACGGACACAUUUGGAAGUCGGAUUCGCAUCCGUGGUGCCAAGACAGGCUUUUACAUUUGCAUGAACAAGAAAGGAAAGCUGAUUGGACGGAGGAAGGGUCACGGCAGGGACUGCAUUUUCACCGAGAUUGUCCUGGAGAACAACUACACGGCGCUCCAGAAUGCCAAAUACAAAAGCUGGUACAUGGCCUUCACACGCAAGGGCCGGCCCAAAAAGGCCACACGCACCAUGCAGCACCAUCGAGAGGCCCACUUCAUGAAACGCCUGCCCAAGGGACACCUGUUAACUGAGCGCAAGCCUUUUGACGUCAUUCCCUAUCAGCUCAACAAGAGGACUAAACACAGUCAUCGACCUGGCGUUAACUGAGGACGGCCUGCAGAACUGCUAAGCCAGGAGACGCUUCCUUAAAAAGACCUCUCAGUCUCAGUCCUGUCCUCCUGUAGCUUGAACAAUCAAACGGAACUGGAAUUCUGUCGUAUUCUGAGCAGAGACUUCUGAAGAGCUCAAGAAGCAGGACAUGGACUUUUUUUGAGUGUCUACAGAUCAAGCCUGAGAAACUGAAGAGACUCAAUAAAAACUGUUCUGAAAUCAGAAAA